UGUGAGUGGAACCCACCCGUCUCUUCCAGUCAGUCAUCCUGUUGCCGCACUGUAUUCUGGGAACACACAGAACAUUCAAGAUGGCGGCGAGCAGGAGGCUGCACAAGGAACUUGACGAGAUUCGCAAGUCUGGAAUGAAAAACUUCAGAAACAUUCAAGUUGACGAAUCAAACAUAUUGACAUGGCAAGGCCUUAUUGUCCCUGACAACCCUCCUUAUGACAAAGGAGCAUUCAGGAUCGAAAUCAUCUUUCCUGCCGAGUACCCCUUCAAGCCCCCCAAGAUCACUUUCAAGACAAAGAUCUACCACCCCAACAUUGACGAGAAAGGACAGGUGUGCUUGCCUGUCAUCAGUGCAGAAAACUGGAAGCCAGCCACCAAAACUGAUCAAGUCAUCCAGUCCCUCAUCGCCCUGGUCAACGACCCUCAGCCGGAACACCCCCUCAGGGCCGACCUAGCUGAGGAGUACUCAAAGGACCGUAAAAAAUUCUUUAAGAACGCAGAAGAGUUUACAAAGAAACAUGGCGAGAAACGGCCAAUGGACUGAUCACAUGUCGAGCGUCUAGCCCUCUGAUCUCUCUGUUUCCCUCUCACUCACCUGCCCAAGCAAAUAUCUUUCUCCAACAUCCUUUCCUCCCUCUCUGUACUCCCGUCCCCCCACACUUCUCCCUGUCCUUCCUUCACACUCACAUGCCCCCCAGCAGCCCCCCAGGAGCAGCCCCUCUGAGCGUGGCCAAGUUAGCCUCAGCCUCCCCUCCUCCAGGACUCUCUGUGGAUCAGACAGGUUCCUCCUCCUGGUGACACAUAGCUUGAGGCUGUUACUAACUUUCUACUAUUUUCUUAAAUCCAAAAAAAAAAAAAAAAAAAAAAAAAACGUUAAAAAGUGGUUAGAGGACUUUGUAAGAUGGAGCACUAGGCAUUAAAAAUAUAUAGAAGGAAAAUGCAGAUAUACAAUGUUUUAGUUUGAAAAGAGGUUAAAAGGAAGAACCACAGCUCGGUAGUCCAUCUUGUUUGACAAGAGUUUUCUCAGAGGGGAAACCCUGAUGUUCAUUUUCCCUCUAGUUUCAUCUGACAUGCUCUGUCACACCCAGAAAGAAAAACAUGUCUGAAACCAGAAUCCAGCCCUCUAAUGAUCUAGGACCAGGAGGUGUGUGCUGCCAUGUUUCCUUUCCUGUUCUGACUACUUCUCUGCUUCUGAAGUUGCACUGUAUUCUCUGGAACAAGCCCUUUCUCUGCCCUCUCUCCCUGUAGUUUGUUACCCAUCUAGACCAGACUCAAAACAGCAGCCUAUACACCAACUCUGUUAUCAAUUACAUUGUUUCAUAAAAGAUUGAAAAGGAAGCCUACAAACCUUGUGUGAUUAAUUUAAGACAUUUGACACAAGGCUUCAUCUAUUGAAAUAUAUAAGCCCUUGUUACCGCUUACACUAAUUUGAAUCAGGUUCUUAUAUUAGAUUAUUUUACUGCUGAUUAGUUAUGUUUUGGACAAAAACAUUUUAUUUACAUUCUGUAAGGUUUCUUCCUGGUUUGGCUCUCAAAAACUACAAGACCCAGGGCUCAAAGGCAAUCGUUUGUUCACUAAACAACGUACAAACUAUUGGCUCUUCACGUUCGCUUGCUGCCAACAAAGCAGGAAGUGGAAAGACGAGUAGCUCCUGUUGUCUCUGCCAUCCAGGCUGCUCGUUCAAGUUAUGCACCUGGCGUCACAACACACAUCCAUAGCAUUCAAUUGGACUUCUUAACAUGUUGCUACAGGGGUAUAAUCAGUGGUAGGCUCUUUGCUUGAAGCCCCUACAAAAGGGACUUGCCUAAUGAUUAGUGAGAGGAGAACCAUGGGAAAGGCUCCCUGCAGAUCCUUCCACAAGCCCCAUGGCCCGCUGGGGGGGCUGUCCCAGGCAUGGUGGAUGUGGAUGUGGCCAGAAGGCCAGUGUAACAGCUGUUUGACUUGGGCCAAUAUUUCCUAAUAAAGAUGGCUUACCAUUUGGCCUCACUGUC